GCUCUUGUGACGAACAGUCCGAGUCCCAGUGAAACGGCUAACCCGAAACCUAAGCCAAAACCGAAGUGAGCCGAACGCUUGGCAAAGCAAUUUCAUAAAUUCGCGCCCCAAAGACUUAGAUACAGAUACAACUGAGACACGUUCGUGUAAUCAAGCUUUGUGCGGAGAUCGGAAUUGUUAUCGGUCAAUAAUAAGUGAAAACUUUUUCUGGAUUUCUUGAAUUUGUUUACCUUUGCCAGAGUGCAGUGUCAGUGAAAGGGUCGACAAAUUGUAUUGUCCAGAAAUUGAAAUCAAAACAAAUAAAUGAUUUUAAAUCCCCGACGAAAAGUGCUGAAUAUGUAGGCCGGUAAUUGGGACGCUGAACUCAAAUUAAUUACUCGACAAUAAUUUCUGAAAAAUCACAAGAAUAAUAAACAAGCGAUCGAACAACUAACAAAAGACGCAAACCAAAGCAAACUGAAGACGUGUGACACAAUUAAAAAAAAAAAAGAAAAACCGUUCGGACGACGAUUUGAGAAUAUUACCAACACAUUAUCAUACUAUCUUCGAGUGUCAAGCAGUUAAGAACGCUACAAAAUGGUGUCGAGUGGAGUCCUAAAUAAAAUCCUGAUGUUGGCAGCAUUACUAAUCUUUGGAUGUCGCCUGGCUCUUUCUUACCCACAGGCAGGCACAGAGGGUGACGAUGGAAUGCAAAAUGACUAUGUGGACUACUCUGAUGAUGACAAGAGUAGUCCCAGCGAGCAGACGAAGCCCUAUAUUAUCCCCGAGCCCGCCAUUCCGCAACAGAACAAAAGUCUGACCGUAACAGGAAUUCUUGGUGAGGAUGUUGUGCUGAAGUGCGGCUUGAAGGCAGGACUAAAUCAAAACAUUCUAUGGUACCAAGGAUCCAAAUCAAUCGCAACUGGAACAUCUGUGACGUCGCCCAACUUCAGCCUCAAUGCGACCACCUACGAUUUGACCAUCUUGAAGUCGAGUCCCCAAAGUGCCGGUGAUUACUAUUGCAAAUUGGUGCCAGACCAAGUUUUCAUACACACAUUGGUCGUUCUGGGGGAUCACUCAAUGGACGUCAUAACGCCAGAGAGUUCCAAGUCCGCUCAGAGUAGCAUACAUGGAAUUUCCUUGAUGUGGCCGCUUUCUGCAAUUCUUUUGGCAGCUUUGCAGCAUCAUAAAAUUUAGAUAUAAUCGUAGAUUAGUAUUACGCAGCGAUUUAUAAAAUGUCCCCCGGAUGUGCUUAGAUAUAAUUACAGUGAAAUUGCAUUUCUCUCUCCCGCUUCUGUCUCCAAAAGCUAAAUAAGCUAUUUAAGUCUUGUUGAUCGUGAAUUUUCCCUUUUGUAAAGACAAACGAUUUUAUUUAUUAAAAAAAAAACCAAAGUAUA